AUGACCACCCCAACAAUAAAACUCCCCGCCCCCCUCUUCGCCAAACUCUCCCCGCACCCCUUCCUUCUCCGCAACCUCACAACCACCUCUUCCACAGACUCCCCAUCAUCCUCAUCGGCAGCGAGCAAACCAACCCGCACAAACGGCCGCGCCCCCCACGAACCUCGCCCCCUCCACCUCCGCCUCUCCUCCCUCUCCCACGCCCACGGCAGUUCCCUCGUCCGCUUGGGCGAUACCACUGUGCUUUGUGGUGUAAGAGGGGAGAUACUGCCGGUAGAGCGGAUUCCGGGGUUUCGAGCUAUUGCAGAUCGGGAGGCCGCAGAGAGCAAUGGAACCGGGGACGACAAUGGAUUUGGGGGAGCGGGGGGGGAACCAAGAAGUGGAGUAGGCAGAGGCGAAAUAAAAGACUACGACCUGCUAGUCCCAAAUAUCGAGCUAGCAACGGGAUCGGCACCGCAGUUUUUACCCGGUGUGCCGCCGAGCACGUUGGCGCAGACUUUGUCGACGAGGGUGUAUUCGUUGUUGUGUGGGACGGGGUUGGUGGAUGUGAGGGAUUUGAGGGUUUGGCGGCGUUCGGGGCCGCGGGAUGAGGGAAGGGGGACUGGGAAGGGGGAAGAGGAGGAUGCGGAGAUGGUGGAUGUGGGGGAAGAAGGGGAUGAGGAGGAGGGACAGGAGGAGGAGGGACAGGAGGAGGAGGGACAGGAGGAGGAGGAUGGGGUGGUGGCGUACUGGGUGUUGUAUAUCGACCUGCUGUUUGUGUCGUUUGACGGGAACCCGUUUGACGCGGCGUGGGCGGCUGUGGUGGCCGCGUUGCGGAGCACUAAGUUGCCUGUGGCGAGGUGGGAGCCGGAGCGGGAGAUGGUGGUGUGCUCGAGGACGGAGAAGAGGAGUCUACGCGUGAGGGGUUUGCCGGUUGCGUGUACGGCGGUGGUGUUUGAGGAGAAGGAUUUGGGGGAGGUCGGGGCUGGCGUGGCGGAGGGGAGGCAUUGGCUGCUUUUGGACCCGGACCGGCUGGAGGAGACGCUUUGCCGGGAGACGGUUACUAUGGUGGUGGAUUGUAGUGAUGGGGAGACGAGGAUUAAGAGCUUGGAGAAACAUGGAGGUACGACGAUUGGGAGGGAGCUGGUGAGGGGCUUUGCUGGGAUUGCGGAGGCGAGGUGGAAAGAGGUUGACGCGGCUCUGAAAUGA